AUGGAUUUUUUAUCAAAGCAGAUGGCUCGUGUGGGCAAACAAAACGUUAACUUAGAGAUAAAUUUCUAACCUCUCUUGCUGAAAGUUAAUGUUACCAAGCCAGGAGAAUAUCAGCUUUUCUUUAAGCGUGGUCCCCAGACUAACGAAACCAAGAAAUACAAUCUUGACAAGAGUUCAGGAAUGUCGAUAACUGAGCUGAUUUUUGAAAACGAAAGCUUUACUAAGGUUAGUGGAUUUUACUAGGAAAAGGAUGGCACUUUCCAGGAAAAGAAAGCAGUUAUUCUCAUUAAGGGAGCAGGCGAUAAAGUUUGCGAGCACACUCUUGAUCUCGCUAAGUACAUACAUCGUGGACCAGUCAAGGAGAGGUUGCAAUUGACAGGAACCGCAUACCAUUUGGAUUUUGAGAUCACUGUUCAAGACCCUGAUCCAGCAAAGAGAGUAAUCAACGCACCUAAAGAGGAUGAUUUCUAGUUAAAUGAAAAUCCAUAUGAUCAUAGGGACACCAAAGCUAUCAGAGGAGAGCCUCUUCCUGGAGAUGAAAGCCAUGUCAAGCGAUCAGUGACUUCCAACAACACCUUGCCAGCUCAUUAGGUAAAGACUGAAAACUUGAAACCAGAAAUUGAUUUGACAACGCAAAAGUUAGAGUAAAGCUAGAAAGAAGCAAACUAAUUAAAGUAAACUCUUGAAGAUUUACAAAAGAGACUAAAUGAUGCACAACUGAGAAAUCAACAAUUACUUGCAGAAAAGGAGGAAUCUAUCGCAAAGCUUGAUGGUACUUAGGACUAAGAAAAUAAGCUGAAAAAUAAGUGUGGGAAUUUAGAGAAAGAAGUUGAAAAUUUGAGGAAAGAAGUAGGUGGUCUCUACAGAUUUGAUUCUACUUUCAAUUGA